AUGUUUUUAUUUUUAGAACUUAUUAAAGGAACUUUUUAUAACAGUUUACCAAGACCAGUUAGAAAUAAUGAAAAUUUACAUGAAGCAUUUAAAAGAGGUGAUAUUAAGUACAAAACAAUCAACUGUGUGAGAUCUAAGAACCAGGAAUGUGAAAGUGUAAUUACUAUCAAAUACAGUAUUUUUCAAUUUAGAAAUAAUUCAGUAAAAGAUUCUCAAUUUCUAGCACUCUUUAUUAUGAAAAACUGGAAAUCCAUUAAAUUAGACGUCUCUGAUAAAUCAAUAGAAAUUAAGAUUGUUAAAUCAUUUAAAAAAUCAUUUAAAAGUAAAAAAAUUUCUAUUAGAUUGGAUGAAUGUCGUUUUAAGGGAUUAAGAGAUUUAAUUAAAUUGCUGGUUAUUCUUUAUAAGAAAAGUGAAAGUGAAAACAGAAUCAUUGAGAAAGAAAUUAAAGUAAAUAAAGAAAAAAUAGUUAAAAUAAAAACAAUAGAUGAUCGUGUAUUUAUGUAUAAAACACCAAAUGAUAUAUCCUUGAAUAUUCCAUUCAAUAGUUAUUUAAACAUUAAUGAUUAUAACAGUUUAUUAGAACGUGUUAAUCCACAUUUUCAAUAUGCUUUUAUAAAGAGAAAAUCAAUUAGCACACAAAAUAAUUUAUUUAAUGUUUUAUAUGAAGAUAAAUCAGAUGAGAAAUUUAAAUUAUUAACUAAUGCAAUUAAUAAUGCCUUUUUUAAAUUAAAGAAUUUAAAGCCUGGUUUGAAUUCUAUUGGAUAUUUUAAGCUCAAAAAAAUAUUAUUAAAUUUUUAA